AUGGCUCCACACGCCACAUCAGAAGAAGCUCCCAAGACUCUGCCAGAGCGACCACAAGCAGCCCAAGCAAAUACAAGCCGCGGCUUGAGGUCUCUUCCAACUUCAAACCCAUGUCUGUCUUAUUGGCAUCGCACGACUCGGGCUUGGCCGUACCUCGACCAUAAUUCAUCAGAACCUGUUCCUUCAUCAACGAAGUACUGCAUCAUAGGAUCAGGCCUGGCAGGCUCUUUGACCGCAUGGUCACUCGUAGAAUCUGGCAUCCCACCGAAAGAAAUUCUUAUUCUGGAAGCGAGAGAAGCUGUCUCUGGGGCGUCAGGCCGCAAUGCAGGACACGUUCGACCAGACGCAUUUCGAGGCUUCGCGGCAUACGAGAGGAUCCAUGGAACUGAACAGGCGAAGAAGAUUGUAGAGAACGAAAAGGUCGUGUUCGAGAGGGUCGAUGCUUUCGUGAAAGAGAACAACGUCCCGUGCGAUUUCAACUCCACCACGACGUUUGACGUGUGCUUGACCGAGGAAUUCGCGCAGUACGAAAAGGAGAGCAUGGAGAAGUAUCGUGCAGCAGGCGGUGAUGUGGCGCAUGUGAAGGUCUGGGAAGGCGAAGAGGCGAGAAAGAAGACGCAAGUAAAGGACGCCCUGCUUGCGUACGAGUGGCCGGCUGGGUCCAGCCAUCCUGCAAAGUUGGCACAAUGGAUCCUCACGAAGCUUGUGGAGGAUGGAGUCGGGCUGUGGACACACUGUCCAGCGACCGAGGUGGUAAAGAGCGAUGCGGGUCCCGGUGCUGCAGUGACUUGGGAUGUUAAGACUCCUCGAGGGACUGUGUCGGCAGAGAAAGUGGUCCACUGUACCAACGCCUAUGCAUCAUAUCUUCUGCCCGAACUAGCGUCUUUCGUGACACCCAACCGAGCUCAGGCGCAUUCUUUCAUCCCGACUCGCUCGCUGUCCGGGUCGAACGCGAUGAAGAGCACCAUGUCGCUGCGGUAUAGCCUGCGGCACUUCUUCUCGUUCAUCCAAAGACUUGGAGAUGGCACGGUCGUCUUCGGUACGUCGAGGGAGAACCCGGAAUGGAGCCAGGCGACGAAAGACUCGCUGGUUUCUUUCGACGAUACCUCGUACAAUGAAGAGGCUGCCAAUUCUGCUGCCACAGCUUUCAGAAAACUCUUUCCUGAGGACAACGUGAAGACUCUCAGACAUGGUGAAGGCGCUGACCAUUACUGGACUGGCGUCAUUGGUAUGACUCCAGAUAGUGUCCCCAUGGUUGGGCCUAUCGACGGAAAGGAGGGCCAAUACAUCUGCGCUGGGUUCAACGGCCACGGCAUGGCAAGAAUAUGGGCCUGUUCGCCAGGGCUUGUCAAGGUUAUGCUUGGCGAGGACUGGGCAAGCACUGGACUGCCUGAAUGCUUCCAAUACAGCCAGGCGAGGCUAGAGAGGGCUGCCAAGCAAGAGGUGAAGAGCGUGUGGUAG